CAUUUCACUCUCUACACUUCUCCACCUAAACAAAUUGCUGUCCACAUUAUUUUCUAGUGGUGCAAUAAUAUUGUUAGUCCUAUAAUUUUAUCCACCACCAUAAUCCGCCAUCAUGUCUGUCAAAGAAUGCUCUCACCACAAAAACAAAAAAGGAAAGCUACUUAGAAAACUAUGUGCAUGUUUUUUAAUUCUCUCCUUCAUUGUCCUUUUAACUUUCCUAAUUAUUUGGGCAAUUCUUCAACCAAGAAAACCAAAAUUCACACUACAAGAUGCAACUAUAUAUUCAUUCAACGUAUCCGCGCCAAUUUUAUUAUCAUCCAAUUUCCAAGUCACAAUUAUUUCACAUAACCCUAAUAAACGUGUCGGGAUUUAUUAUGAUAAACUCGACACGUUUGCUACGUAUCGUAGCCAACAAAUUACUUAUUUCACUGGCAUCCAGCCAGUGUACCAAGGUCAUAAAGAAAAUAACGUUUGGUCACCUUUUGUAUAUGGUACAAAUGUACCUGUUGCACCAUAUAAUGGUCAAUUGUUACAACAAGAUCAAUCAAAUGGCGCGAUUUCGUUGUUGAUUAGAAUGAAUGGACGUGUUAGAUGGAGAGUUGGGACUUGGAUUUCUGGAAGGUAUCAUAUCCAUGUAACAUGUCCAGCUUAUAUUCCUUUUGGAAAUAAACAAAAUUCUUUGUAUCCUGGAAUUCCUGUUGGCGGGUCAGGAAUGAAGUAUCAAUUAUCUCAAAGGUGUAGUGUCAAUGUAUGAAGAGGACUGUUAUAUCAAAGGGGCCAUAUGAAGUUUUCUUUCUUUUCACACUUAUAUGUAUAAUUAUAUUUUAUAUAUAUUAAUUGGAAUGAAGCAUACGUAGUUGGAGGAAUUGAAGUUGUAAAUUUAGAUGGAUCGAUGAGAAUAAUUGAAAAGAAAAAGGUGGGUAUGGAAAAGAAAGAAGCCGAAAGUUAUAUUAUUGCAACAUUACAAAAAAGUUGACAAGUUGUAUGAUGUUGAUGAUCAAUUUUAAAUGUUACAUAUUUUUUUUCUUAUAUUAUCAAUAAAAUCUUUUCAGUUUUAUCA